AUGCUCGCUGCCGAUGCCAAACGCUCCAGAGCCUGCGAGGCCUGUCGCGGUCUGAAGGUGCGCUGUGACAUGGACAACAGCGGCCAGCCGUGCAAGCGCUGCGCCAAAGCCGGUCGCCAGUGCAUCGUCACCCAGCCCAGCCGCCGUCGCCAGAAGAAGGCCGACACACGCGUCGCCGAGCUCGAGAAGAAAAUCGACGCCCUCACCCAGGUCCUCCAUCAACAGCAACAGCACCCGCAUGUCCCCUUCCAAUCGCCUCUACAGCCCGACGCCUACCCGCCGCCCACAUUCGAUCCUGUCAAACACGAGGCUCCUCUCGCCGAUGUAGACUAUGAAGCCGACGACCGUCGCAAGCGCAGACGCAUCGACGACCCUUCCAAGCCACUCUACCACACCAUCUACACCGAGUAUGGCGAGUACGUCAAGCAGCGUGUCCGUCAGAUCAUUGACUGGAACUCGGCCUGCACCAUCUUUGCUCAUUUCAAAGAUCGCCUGAUCCCCGAGUUCCCAGCCAUCGUGCUACCUGCCGACACAACCCCCGAGUGGUGUCUGGAAACAAAACCUAUUCUGUUCUUGUGCAUCACUGCUGCUGCAUGCUUCAGAUUUGUCGAGACGGAGAUUCAGGAUGCUUUGACAGAAGAGGUUUUUGACGUGCUUGCUACUGCCGUCAUCCGCAAGGGUCUCAAAAGCCUCGAGAUCAUCCAAGGUCUGCAGGUCGCUUUCCUCUGGCACAAGCCUCCGGAUCGUCCUGCACAAGCCAACUUCUACAUGCUCAUCCACAUGGCGGUUGUCAUGUCUCUCGAUGUUGGCCUGGGAAAGCGAUUCAAUCCUAACAAGGUCAAGCGUGGCUUUGGCGGAGUUGGCGCCGACCUACCUCCUGGCCCUGGUAGUCAACUCGUAGACUCGGACGCCAUCGAGUCGCGUAGAGCAUGGUUGGCGUGCUACUACACCUCGGCAAGCGUCUCACAGGUCCUGCGUCGUCCUAAUCUCCUGCGCUGGUCGAAUUACAUGCAGGAGUGUGUCGACAUCCUGGAAAACUCACCCGACGCUGCUCCUACAGAUGCUUUGUUUGCCCAGCACAUCAAGGUCCAGCGUAUCUGCGACGAAAUUUCUGUCUCAUUUGCCAUGGAGGACCCUACCGCAUCCAUCUCCAUCCUGGAUCCAAAGGUCGCUUAUACCCUGGAGGUCCUGCAAGAGAAACUCGACAAGUGGGAGCAGGAGCUGCCUGCUCACCUGAAGCUUCCCACCUUGAUGUUCUACAAGCAUGUCACAUCUCUGUAUCUGCACGAGAUUGGUCUUCAUGUCAACCACAACACAGAUGACUUCAAGGUGCCAUUUAGUGAGGGAAGUCUCAAGUCCGGCAGCCACUUUUCCGAGACGCUCAGCCAAAAACAAAUGGCCUCGAUCGAAGCCUGCCUUACUGCGUGUCACAGCGUUAUUGGAACUUUCUGUGACUUUGGUCACGAAACCGUCUCCACUCUUCCCGCCCUCUUGUACUUUGUGCGCAUCGUUUAUGCCCUUGUGGUCCUGAUCAAAAUGCACGUUGCGGCCACGUAUCCAGGCUCGGAACUGGGCAAAGUCAUCAAACCUGAGGAUAUCAAGGCCCCCGAAUUCCUAGACCGUGUCUACCACUGCUUCGUUGCCUUGGCUCAAGGAAGCUCUCAGAAAGCAUUCUCCAAAGCUCACCAGAUCCUCAGUCUUCUCCGCGAGUGGAUA